CUUAUGGUCAACCAUUGUCACUCGUCGCGACUCUUGGAACCUCUUCCAGCAAUUGGCACUCACCUGUCACAAUGAAACAGCCAGAAGACAUUGUCGGCGGCGGACCGACUUCACCUCUUGCCUUUCGCCAAGCAGUCGGAAGCUCUCCUCAGGCAAGAGCGAAUCCCAUCCGACUUCCUCCUGGCAUCAGUGCUGAAGUCUUCCAAACUUUCACCCAGCGAGCCGCCGCGAUCUGCGGCGAUGAGAAUGUGGUCAUAAUCUCCAACAGCGAUGAGCUCAACCACGAAAGUUAUCUGGAUCCUAGCAAAUGUCAUGACAUGUAUCAUGUGCUUGAGGACGACUACUUCAUCAGUUCUGCCGUGAUCACUCCUCGUGGUGUGCCUGACGUACAAGACAUGAUGCGUCUUUGCAAUGAAUUCAGCGUUCCUGUGUGGCCGUUCUCGAUCGGUCGAAAUGUCGGCUAUGGAGGUGCAGCUCCUCGUGUCCCCGGGAGUAUUGGUCUGGAUCUCGGCAAGCACAUGAACAAAGUGCUAGACAUCAAUGUCGAUGGCGCAUUUGCUCUGCUCGAGCCCGGUAUCACUUUCUUGGAUCUACACGAGCAUCUUGUCAAAAAUAAUCUCCGUGACAAGUUGUGGGUCGAUGUGCCUGAUCUGGGUGGCGGUUCAGUCAUUGGCAACACCAUUGAGCGUGGUGUCGGAUACACACCUUAUGGAGACCACUGGAUGAUGCACUGUGGCAUGGAAGUCGUUCUCCCUGAUGGAUCAUUGAUCAGGACUGGCAUGGGUGCUCUUCCCAACCCGAAAGCAGAUCCGAGCAGACCACCACAUGAGCAGGAUGCUUGCGAAACAUGGCAACUCUUCAACUAUGGCUUCGGACCGUACAACGACGGCAUCUUCUCUCAGUCUUCGCUCGGUAUCGUUGUCAAGAUGGGUAUCUGGCUCAUGGCAAAUCCGGGCGGCUAUCAGUCAUACCUUAUCACUUUCCCGAAGGACGAGGACUUGCAUCAGAUUCUUGAGGUCAUUAGACCGCUGAGGGUAGGCAUGGUCUUGCAGAAUGUGCCGACGCUUCGUCAUGUCUUGCUCGAUGCAGCUGUCCAUGGCAACAAAAAGUCGUACACCGACUCUACCAAGCCCUUGACUGACGUCGAAAUCGAUGAGAUUGCGAAGAAGAUCGGACUUGGAAGAUGGAACUUACACGGUGCGCUUUAUGGCCCUGCACCCAUCCGCGAUGCCAUGUGGGGCGUUGUCAAACAAUCCUUUUCCAGCAUUCCGGGCGCGAAGUUUUACUUCCCAGAAGACAUGCCUGACAAUCUAGUACUGCAAACACGACACCUGACACUGCAGGGUAUCCCGAGCACUACAGAGCUGAAAUGGGUCGACUGGCUUGACAACGGAGCUCAUCUCUUCUUCAGCCCAAUCAGCAAAGUUAGUGGAGACGAUGGCGUUGCUCAAUACAAGAUGACGCGGACACGGUGCGAAGAGUUUGGUUUCGACUUCAUCGGCACUUUCGUCGUCGGCAUGCGCGAGAUGCACCAUAUCGUGUGUCUUGUAUUCGAUCGCAAAGACCCUGACAGUCGAAGGAGAGCGCACAAGCUCAUUGCAACACUGAUUGACGAUGGUGCAAAAAACGGAUGGGGUGAAUAUCGCACGCACUUGGCCUACAUGGAUCAGAUUGCAGCGACUUACAACUUCAACGACAAUGCACAAAUGAAGCUGAACGAGAAAAUCAAGAACGCUCUGGAUCCAAAGGGUAUCCUAGCUCCUGGCAAGAAUGGUGUGUGGCCAAAGACAUUUGACGCGGAAUCGUUCAAGGUCCCGUUCCAAUGAGUGGCCACUCCAGGUAUUGAGGGAAGAGUCGAGGUCAGUCGUAGCACUCAACUCAUCUGUACAGUAGUGUUGUGGAGGAGCAAGGACGUUCAAUCGGAUUGUGGAAGCUUAGUUCGCCGGGAUCCUGUACCAUUGUAUUCGAC